AUGACAUCCCACGGAACUGGUGAGAAGAGUGGUACAUUCACACGGUUUGAGGCAUGGGCUUGCAAUGUCUCAACCUUUCAAGAUGCUGCGUUGAGGAAGAAACUCGAGUUUAGCCUCAACGAUGGUACGGAAAUACAACGAACAGUUAUGAGGAUACUGGGAAAUCUCCAAGAGUCGCUCUGUGAAGCCCGGUUAAUCAUCUCCCAAAAUAAAGUGAACGAGUCAUGGCCCCCACAAGAGCUUAGCGAUUCUGACGAGGGAAUGACUAUGAAGUCUGAAGGAACCUCGGAAACACAAGAACUGUCAAAAGCAAUGGAAAAUGCAAACACAAGCUUGUUCGAGGUUUCUAAACUUGUUCGGAUAAUCUCGUAUGGAGACGACUUUCUCAGCGCAGCAGCCAUAUAUCAACUUGAGUUCGAUCCCAAUGUUGAUAUUUGUCUCAUAAGAGAACAAGACGGAUUUGACAGUGGCGUUGACGAUUGGUUAAUUACCCGUCUUGGAAAAGCAUUGACAAGACGACGACAAUACCUCAAAUAUAUUGAAACUUAUACUAAGGGAUUGAUGAGUUGCGACAAUAUUGCAGUGGCUGAGGAAAAGCCUAGUAUUUCAUCUCAUCCAUUGAUGGCAUUUGAGAAUAUUCAGAUCGAGUAUGAUGUUCCAUUCCAAUGUCCAUUUUGUCGCAUGGAGCUGGUAGCUCAAGAUCAUGCAGCAUGGAAGGAACAUAUAUUUAAAGAUUUGAAACCCUACAUAUCCUGGGGAGACCAUUUGAGAUCAGGGCAUCAGAUCAAUGAAAAAGGGUCGCAACUCAGAGCAUUGCUGUUACAAAGUGAGGACCCAGUGGAUGAUGUUUCUGCGACGGCGUGUCCGUUCUGCGAUAACUGGGAAGAAAGCAUGGCCGAAGCAACAAAGGACAAAUACAUGAGGCUCAUGGCAUUCAGAGAGCAUCUAGGAAAGCAUAUGGAGCAGUUGGCAUUUCUCUCCUUGCCCACAAAGGAGGGGAAAAUGUAA